AUGUACCUGCACACCUCAGAAUAUGUACUAGCACACCUUACAGAAUAUGUAUCUGCACACCUCAUAGAAUAUGUACCUGCACACCUCAUAGAAUAUGUACCUGCACACCUCAUAGAAUAUGUACCUGCACUCCUCAUUGAAUAUGUACCUGCACAACUCAUAGAAUAUGUAGCAGCACACCUCACAGAAUAUGUACCUGCACACCUCAUAGAAUAUGUACCUGCACACAUCAUAGAAUAUGUACCUGUGCACCUCAUAGAACAUUUACCUGUGCACCUCAUAGAAUAUGUACAUGCACACCUCAUAGAAUAUGUACCUGCACCCCUUAUAGAAUAUGUACCAGCACACCUCACAGAAUAUGUACCUGCACACCUCAUAGAAUAUGUACCUGCACACCUCAUUGAAUAUGUACCUGCACCCCUUAUGAAAUAUGUACCUGUGCACCUCAUUGAAUAUGUACCUGCACCCCUUAUAGGAUAUGUACCAGCACACCUAAUAGAAUAUGUACCAGCACACCUCAUAGAAUAUGUACCUGCACACCUCACAGAAUAUGUAUCUGCACACCUCAUAGAAUAUGUACCAGCACACCUCAUAGAAUAUGUACCAGCACACCUCCCAGAAUAUGUAUCUGCACACCUCACAGAAUAUGUACCUUGCUCCUCAUAG